CCGUGGAGGCACGCGGGCUUGUCUGGCUGCUCCGCCUGGUGAUUGUUGGUGUCCUCCAGCCGGGGGAGGAAAAGUUGCUCUCUCUCUCACCGCCGCUCUUCGCUUUCUUUCUUUCGCUUCGUCGCGGAACCAUGGCGGACAACCAGGAGGAGAAGCUCUACACGGCGGAGUACGCCAAAAGCGGCCGCGCUUCCUGCAAAAAAUGCAAAGAAAGCAUCGCCAAAGACUCGCUGAGGAUGGCCAUCAUGGUGCAGUCGCCCAUGUUCGAUGGCAAGGUCCCCCACUGGCACCAUUUCUCCUGCUUCUGGCUGCGAGCGGCGGCUCAGUCCCCGGCCGACAUCGCCGGCUUUUCCGACCUCCGCUGGGAGGACCAAGAAAAGGUGAAAAAGGCCAUCGAGAGCGGCGGAGCCGUCGGGAUAGGGAAGGGCAAUCAGAAGAGUGCAGCUAAAGGAGAGAAGACGCUGAACGACUUUGCCGUGGAGUACGCCAAGUCCAACCGCAGCACGUGCAAAGGCUGCGAGCAGAAAAUAGAAAAGGACCAGAUCCGCGUGUCCAAGAAGACCGUGGACCCGGAGAAGCCUCAGCUGGGCCUGAUCGACCGCUGGUACCACACGGCGUGCUUCGUGGGCCGCCGGGAGGAGCUGGUCUUCAGGCCGGAGUACAGCGCCGCCCAGCUGAAGGGGUUCGCCGCGCUGCGUGCCGAAGACCAGGAGGAGCUGAAGAAGAGGCUGCCCGCCGUCAAAGCCGAGGGGAAGCGUAACUCCGACGAGGUGGAUGGGCCGUCGAAGAAACAGAAGAAAGAGGAGGAGGAGGAGAAGAAGAAGCUGGAGGAGCAGCUGAAGAGUCAGAGCCAGCUGAUUUGGGGGAUCAAGGACAAGCUGAGGAAGCAUUGUUCAGUCAACGACAUGAAGGAGCUGCUGAUUGCAAACGCCCAGGAUGUUCCCUCUGGAGAGUCCAACGUGCUGGACAGCCUGGCGGACGGCAUGGCCUUCGGUGCUCUGGAGGCGUGUAAGGAGUGCCAGGGCCAGCUGGUGUUUAAAGGAGACUCGUAUUACUGUAAGGGCGACAUUUCCGCCUGGACAAAGUGCGUGUUCAAAACCAAAACGCCUUCACGCAAAGACUGGGUCAUCCCUAAGGAGUUCAACGAAGUCCCUUUUCUAAAGAAGUUCAAAUUCAAGCGGCAGGACAGGGUUUACCCCAAGGAGGCUCCAGCUCAGUCUCUGAAACCGGUGAAGGGCGAAACCCCGGCGAGCGCGUCCAGUGCUCCCACCGAGCGACUCCCAGAAGCAGCUCCUUCAGACAAACCUCUAACUGGCAUGAAGCUGCUGGCUGUCGGCAAGUUAUCCAAAAACAAAGACGAUCUGAAGGCAGCUGUGGAGGAGCUGGGCGGUAAAAUCACCGGCACUGCCAACAAGGCCUCUCUCUGCGUCAGCUCUAAGAAGGAGGUGGAGAAGAUGAGUAAGAAGAUGGAGGAAGUAAGAGACGCAGGCGUGCGCGUGGUCUCUGAGGAUUUCCUCGCGGACAUCAAGUCUUCUGGGAAGGCUCUUCAGGAGCUGGUGUCUCUGCACGCCAUCUCCCCCUGGGGUGCAGAGGUUAAAGUGGAAGCCCCGCCUCCAACCGUGGCCUCCAAGUCCGGCGCUCCGGCUGCUAAGAGCAGCGGCAGGGUUAAGGAGGAGGAAGGGGGGAGCAAAGCCAAGAAGAUGAAGCUCACAGUGAAAGGUGGAGCUGCCGUGGAUCCAGACUCGGGUCUGGAAAACAGUGCCCAUGUCCUGGAGCAGAGUGGGAAGAUGUACAGUGCCACUCUGGGUCUGGUGGACAUAGUCAGAGGAACAAACUCCUACUAUAAGCUGCAGCUGCUGGAGGAUGAUGUACAUAAAAGAUACUGGGUUUUCAGGUCUUGGGGCAGAGUGGGAACCACCAUCGGAGGCAACAAGUUGGACAAAUUCCACGAUAAGAACUCUGCAAUGGAUAAUUUCCUCUCUGUUUAUAAAGAAAAGACUGGAAACGAGUGGGGUGCUUCCGACUUCACUAAAUAUCCCAAUAAGUUCUACCCUCUGGAGAUUGACUAUGGACAGGAUGAGGAGGCGGUGAAACGGCUGACGGCCUCAGCUGGCACCAAGUCCAAGCUGGACAGACCCAUUCAGGACCUGAUCAAGAUGAUCUUUGAUGUGGAGAGCAUGAAGAAGGCCAUGGUGGAGUUUGAGAUUGACCUCCAGAAGAUGCCUCUUGGCAAGCUGAGUAAGAGACAAAUCCAGAGUGCCUACGCUCUUCUGACUCAAGUACAGCAGGCGGUGUCGGAUGGCGUACCUGAGGCCCAGAUACUGGAUCUCUCCAAUCGCUUCUACACCCUUAUUCCUCACGACUUCGGCAUGAAGAAACCUCCUCUACUCAGCAACCUGGAUUACAUUCAGGCCAAAGUUGAGAUGCUGGACAACCUGCUGGAUAUCGAAGUGGCCUACAGCUUGCUGAGAGGAGGAGCUCAGGACAACGAGCACGACCCGAUCGACAUCAACUACGAGAAACUCAAAACCAAGAUUGAGGUUGUUGACAAGACCACGCAGGAGGCGGAAAUCAUCAUGCAAUACGUUAAGAACACCCACGCCGCUACGCACAACACCUACACUCUGGAAGUGCAAGAUAUCUUCAAAGUUGCACGAGAAGGAGAGCACCAGCGCUACCGUCCAUUCGAGGAGCUCCACAAUCGCCAGCUACUGUGGCACGGCUCUCGCGCCACCAACUACGCUGGUAUUCUGUCUCAGGGUCUUCGCAUCGCUCCUCCAGAGGCCCCUGUGACCGGCUACAUGUUCGGCAAAGGUGUGUACUUUGCUGACAUGGUGUCCAAGAGUGCAAACUACUGCCAUACCUCUCAGUCAGACCCCGUGGGCCUCAUCCUGCUGGCAGAGGUCGCUCUAGGCAACAUGCAUGAGCUGAAGAAAGCCUCUCACGUUACAAAACUACCAAAGGGAAAGCACAGCGUCAAAGGUCUGGGUAGAACCGCUCCCGAUCCAAAUGCUUCUGUCACUUUGGACGGAGUGCAAGUGCCUCUGGGAAAAGGAGUCAAUACUAACAUUGAUGACACAAGUCUACUGUACAACGAGUACAUUGUAUACGACGUGGCUCAGGUGAACUUGAAGUAUCUCCUGAAGAUCAAGUUCAACUACCAAUCGUCUCUGUGGUGAGAAGGGCUGCGGCCGAACCCUUCAAGAAAAACAAAAGACCACUGAUGAAUCUAAAUGCCUUGGCUUAAUUCUCUGGACUAAACGGCACAUAAAGGAGGGAUGCUGUGCUAUGCCGUAACAGUGUCCACGUGAAAUACUCUCACUUCUUUUCCCCACAUCAGGUUCUGUAGCAGGCAGCUUCUGUUAGAGUACCAGUAGGUAGAAGCCGCUUCGACGUUCUUAUAGCACCGGACAUCAACGGUUAGUUCAUGCGUAGUGGACACAACGGUGCAGAAAAAGUCUAGAGAAACCAUGUCUUGAAUCUAGAAAAGUAAUGUAACGUUUGAUAACGCUCUGCUUAAUAAGACACAGCAACUUCACGUUUGAAAGGUAUUUUGAGCUGUGACUAAGCUACCGUCACACAUGCAUACCUGUGUUCAAGGUUUUUUUGUUUUUUUUUCCCCCUCUGAGCUAGACUCUGAUUGGCGUUUUGUAGACUGUUGGUUUUAAAGUUGGACAUGUAUAUAUUUGCUUUGUUCACUCUGUCUCAAGAUGUCUUCCCCCUUUUCUUGCUUACCUCCAUGGCAAUAAAACGAUGUACAUCCUAAAA